AUGUUUUCAAGCCUUUUAUAUUCCUUCCCACCCCUGUUCGUUUGGUGCCACACAGCCUGUGGACAUCUUCAAGCAAUAUGUUCGUCCGAUAUGACUGUUUCAAAGGUCCAGAGUGGGGUGAUAGAGAUCACUGGCACAAUAUCCACUGACAGCUACCUGCAGCUAUCUUGCGUUUUGAAGCUGGACAAACCCGGGAGCCUUUUACGCAUGAAAACUAAAAGGAAUGACAAGAAGAAAGGUUUCUUGCACGUUUCCUUGUACCAGCAAGUUGACUCGUCUCUACUUGGUCACGUGAACCUUUUAGAACCAACACCAGUUUGGAACACUUUAAGCAUUUGUCCAACCCGUUCGACCAAUGAUCAAAACACGGGGGAGAAGUUGUUAUCAGUGGUGGGAAAAGGCAGUGGGCUUUCCUUCACAGUGCAAAUAGCCGAAGGUGCAUCAGAAAUUGCGCUUGAUGAACCACACACAGUCAAUGUCUGGAAAAAUGAGGUGAGCGUGUUCCAGUUCAUUUCAUCUCAAGGUAUCUCUAAUAAACAACUGGAUAUCACUGCCACGUCUCAAUCAAAAUUUGCUGCCUAUUUGAAGGUAUCGCAGAACUGUAAAGAGGUCGAUCUCCAGGAAGACCUAGAGAGCAUAGAUUACGAGAAGGAAUCUCUUCGACUUUCCUUUGCAACAAAAGGACGGAUAACUUUAUCCAGAGUUUCCAUGCCCCCUCUGACCGAUUCUUUCCCUAGAUGGUUCAUUGGAAUUGGUCUGAAGAACUUCGAUGACGACAAACUUAAUGGGUCAAAAAAGGUCACUUUAAAGCUGUCAAGGUCGUUUGAUUACAAUUAUGCCACGCCUAUUUGUGUCCUAUUUUUUUUAUCACUUGUAGGUGGUAUAGUAGUAUCUAUCGCUGCGUAUUCUUUGUUCGAAGAGUCUCUCACCCAGGUAAAGCCUGGUGAUCAGGUCAAUAAUAAUGCUGAUUUAACAUGUGUCUUUUUUGUUGAAAUGUUAAAGGUUAUCAGAUAUCACUGGUUUUCCUUUGGUCCAAAGACCUUCUCCUAUAUCACAGGAAUUGUGGGUAAUGUGCUUAUGGUAGGUGCUUUUCAGUUCGUGUUUGCAAACUGGUAUACGAUGAUUCAGGAAGGGAACAGAGAUAAUUGUUACUACAACGACUUUUGUUAUAGAGUUGCAAAUCAUGAUAUUCCGUUUAACUUGAUGAUAAGUAACUUGACUUACAUAGUCCACGGCCUAAUCUUAGUUGUGUGGGUACUGAUACUGGAAACCAAGGUGAAUCUUCGUUGCAAAAGCAGAGCCGACAAUGUUCAGGGAUCCAGGCUACCAGAACAUAUUCUGUCAUGUCCUGAAACUAACAUUCAUCAUUUAGAGGGAGGUAUUCCAGAACCCGAAAACCCGAUGGAAACGGAAGAAAGGAAAAGAGAGGAGAAAAUUUUUUUUGCCAAAGCAAUGAAAAAGAGGUACUGUUUUUCUAUUGGGUAUGCGUUUUCCUGGGGACUAGUCUUCGAGGGAUUGUUUUCCACUCUUUAUCACUUCUGUCCAAGCAGGUUCACAUUUCAGUUCGAUUCGGCCUUCAUGUUUAUCAUAGCUGGUUUAACUGUGCUGUUGUUGUAUAAUGGCAUUGAGCAGAAUCGUUGUCCCUCUUCUGGAAAUGCGAAACACCCAGUUGGCGCUUCUAACUUCUUCCUUUUUUUUAUUGUGCCUCUUUUUAUUUUUAACUACUUUGGAGUACUAUUUAACUCCAACGUUGGGCUCAACAAAGUAAUGCAAGGGUUUUUCUUUGCAUUCUUGGUCAUUUGGUGGCUUGUGAUGCUUUUUUGGGCUUACUAUAAAUUAGAUAUGCAACAAAAAAUUUGUGGGGGUGACUGUAAAGAUAAAUUUGACGCGUUUUUAUUCCUUUUGGGUAGCCUGAUAUUGUCCUGUGCGAUUUUAAUUAUUUCUUGGUUUAGCGAUUUGGCUCAAGCGUUUCUGUUUGCAUGCAUCGCCUGUAGCGUCUUCGCAAUCGUAGCUAAGACUAAGCUUUCGGAGAAGCUUUACAAAUGCAUGAGUAAUUGCCAGGGGCACAAGAACUUUUUUCAACUGCUCUUUAUCCUUUUUACAGUUAUCAUUUUGGUUUCAGCUUAUAUAGUUUUUUUGUGGCUACCCACCACAAACAAAACAUCGUCGCCAGAAAACUCUCGUGACCAAAACGAAGAAUGUGUUAUUUUUGGAUUUUUCGACUGGCAUGACCUGUGGCAUUUUUUGUCUUCCUUUGCUCUCCUUAUGGGUGCGUUUGUUGUCAUGUUUAUAAGUUCUGAAGCCGAGCAAAGCCCACAGGCUGAAACGCGAGGGAAUAAUGAGCCAGAAGCACAAGGGAGCCAUAACGCAGAAACUUCUACAUAAGAGUAUUUUUCAAUUAAGUGUCAAAAGUGAUCCGGGAUUGCAUCAUCUUUGCUUUACUUUGGUCUGUGAUUACAAAACGAAAAUUGAUCAUGACUUGUUCGCCUCUGAAUUCCUGCACUUUUAGUAGUUUACCUGUUUUACUCUGAGUUCUUAUUGGCUAUUGAUAACGUCAACCUUUGUUCCUAUUGACUGUUGUGAUUACAUGG